AGCGAAAAUCUAAGGUCAAUACACCGCAAUACACACUGUACUGUGCACUGGAGUUCGAGUGUAUUAUUACAAAGGAGUAUCUUUUGGUAACACUAUACUAACUUGGUUUAUACCCUGACGGUGUGGGACCAUGGAAAAGAAGUACAAUAUGAGGAGUCCAGGGGUGAAGCGUCUGAUGCGAGAGGCAAUUGAACUUAAAGACCCCACCACAAUGUUUGCAGCACAGCCUCUGGAAGAGAAUCUCUUUGAGUGGCAUUUCACCAUCCUGGGCCCUCAGGGCACUGACUACGAUAGUGGCCUCUACCAUGGCCGCAUCAUUCUGCCUACUGAGUACCCUAUGAAGCCCCCUAGCAUCAUCUUCCUCACUCCGAAUGGGAGGUUUGAGCUACACCAGAAGAUUUGCCUCAGUGCUUCUUCCUACCACCCCGAGCUGUGGCAGCCAUCUUGGAGCAUUCGUACAGUUCUCUUGGCCAUGAUUGGGUUCAUGCCGACAGAGGGGGUGGGUGCUAUCGGGUCACUGGAGGUGCCGACAGAGGAACGGAAAAGGUUGGCUCGACGGUCAGCUGAGUGGGUGUGUUCAGUGUGUGGUGUGUGCAACAAAGACGCUUUACUCCCAUCGGUGGAAGGGGAGUCACAUGAGGAGGCUAUGGCCGAGGCUGCAGACAUUGUCACACAGAUGGCCUUUAAGUCUGAAGAAGAGGUGAAGGCUCAGAAGCGUCAACUAGCACAGUCCGCUAGCCCUCCCAAGAUUGAAACCCAGGAGCCAUCCCAACUCAGACAGAGACCAGUGCCAACAGUGACCACACCCACUGACACAGAGACCAUACCUCCGCAAGAACCUCCCACUGAUCAAACAUUGUUCACUCCCAUCAUACAAAACACUGUAGCUCCUCCUCAGAGGGAAACUGGUCAGAACUCUUUAAUUCUUAUUUGGUUAAUAAUUUUUGCCUUAAUUGUACUAAUAGCCAGAAGGGUUUACCUUCACCUGGCCUCACCAGAAUGAUUAUUUUGUUUGUCCGAUCAUCUCUAUAUUUCAAUAAUUAUUAUGUAUAACUAUGUUCUAAAUCAUUGUAUAUAGUAUUGUAAUUUAAUACAAAAUAAAUGCUUUCAAGACAUAA